AAAUCAAAUAAAAAAUUCAGGAUGUUGACCAAAUGUUGACGUAAUUUCCAGAUUUCCUUUUCCUCGAAGUUCUCAGUCAGUUGCCGAAAUUUUCCCCCACGAAUUUUGCCAAAUUAUGGUGUGUGCUGAAGUGAAAAAUUGUUGAAAUUUGUAGUGCCGUACUUGUGAAGUGACAAUGGACGAAGAAAUAAUACAUCCUGAAUCUCUGGAGGAAACUACUCCUCCAGUGAUCCUGAGUGCCUGGUCUCAAGGAACUGAAUUCUUGGCCCAGUAUGGAUGGUACUUGGUUGGACUGGGAAUGAUCGCUGCGUAUGGUUGGACAAAACUUAGCCCAUACGUUAAUCAGCUGAGAAAGAAGCAGGAGGAAGCUGCCUAUGAAGCUAAGUACAAGAAGAAUCCUGAUAUCUCGAAAGCACGAUUGGCAGCGCUAGAAGCCUCCAGGAAGAAGAUGCAAGAGGAGUACGAAAAAAAGGCAGCCGAGUGGGCAGAGAAAAUGAAGGAGAAAGAAGAAAAGAAGAAACAAGAAGAAUUAGAAAAAAAUAAAGAUGUUCCUGUCGGCCGCACCCUAGGUGAAAGCUCAAAGUCCACCAAAUCGCAGUUUAGACCAGAAUAUUUUCCCCUUGCUGGAACUGGAGGCGCUGGGUACAGACCACCCAGGAGGAGCUGCUGUCCAGGCAGUGGCUGCGGAUAAAACCUGGACAUCAGUAUUUGCAAUAUUGGAAUGUUCGGAAGAUGAUUGUGUGAGUGCAUGUAAAUGAUGCUUGAUUUUUAAAGACCAACCGUUAAAAAAGUUUUAAUUUUGUUGAAAUUUUUUGUUGAGGCAUUCAAAUGAUGCCUCUUAAUUGAUUAGAUUACAUUUACCUAAUCCUUUGGUUUUAUGAUCUUAUUCCA